GCCCCGGGUCCGCCCGGCGGCGGCGUUGGCGGUGACGUCACUGCCGCCCUCUGCGGGGCGCGGGGGGGGCGGCGGCGGCGGCGGCGCUGAGGCGGCGGGCGGCGGAGAUGUUCCGGACGCUGUGCAGUUAUUUCUGGUGGGAGCGGCUCUGGCUGCCUGCAAACCUCACCUGGGCCGAUUUGGAGGAUCGUGAUGGGCGCGUUUACGCCAAAGCCUCCGACCUCUACAUCACCAUCCCCAUGGCCUUCCUCUUCCUCAUCGUGCGGCACCUCUUUGAGACGUACGUGGCCACCCCACUGGCCGGGCUGCUGGGUGUGAAGGAACGCGUCCGGCUGAGAGCCGCCCCAAACGCAGUGCUGGAGAAGUUCUACGCCGCCACCUCCAAGCAGCCCAAACAGGCUGAUGUGGAGAUGCUGUCGAGGAAGAGCGGCUGCUCCGUGCGCCAGGUGGAGCGUUGGUUCCGCCGCCGCCGCAACCAGGACCGGCCCAGCCUGCUCAAGAAGUUCCGGGAGGCGAGUUGGCGAUUCACGUUUUACCUUCUUGCUUUCAUUGCUGGCAUGGCUGUCAUAGUGGAUAAGCCGUGGUUCUACGACCUCCGGGAGGUGUGGAAGGGGUACCCCAUCCAGAGCAUCCUGCCCUCCCAGUACUGGUACUACAUGAUCGAACUCUCCUUCUAUUGGUCGCUGCUCUUCAGCAUCGCUUCUGAUGUCAAGCGCAAGGACUUCAAGGAGCAAAUCAUCCACCACGUGGCCACCAUCAUCCUCAUCAGCUUCUCCUGGUUUGCCAACUACGUCCGUGCCGGGACGCUCAUCAUGGCCCUGCAUGACUCCUCUGAUUACCUGCUGGAGUCAGCCAAGAUGUUCAACUACGCCAACUGGAGGAACACCUGCAACAACAUCUUCAUCGUCUUCGCUGCCGUCUUCAUCGUCACCCGUUUGGUCAUCCUGCCCUUCUGGAUCAUGCACUGCACCGUGGUUUACCCCCUGGAGCUCUACCCGGCCUUCUUUGGCUACUACUUCUUCAACGCCAUGAUGGGGGUGCUGCAGCUGCUGCACGUCUUCUGGGCCUUCCUCAUCAUCCGCAUGGCACACAAGUUCAUAACUGGAAAGGUGGUGGAGGACGAGAGGAGCGACCGCGAGGAGACGGACAACUCUGAGGAGGAGGAGGAGGCGAUGAAGAACGGCCCCCUGUCCAACGGGCAUCCCCCCCCCCUCCUGAACAACAACCACCGCAAGAACGACUGAGCGCCUCCCCCCACGGCCGGGGGUCACGCAGUGCCAGGGGUCCCCACCCCCUCCAUCCUCCCCCCUCCCUGCUCCAGCAGAGCAAAUCGGGGCCCCGCAGAGCCCCUCUGCCCCCCUCAGCCCCCUCUGGGACCGCAGCUCUGGGGAGGGGGGGUGGGAAGCAGCAUGGCUGCUCCUCCACCUCACAGCUCCUCUUUGCCUUUCACCCACUGCCUUAACGGGGUCAGAGGCGGCUCCUGCCCUUGGUGCCCCAAACCCCCUCCCCAUGUCCCCCCCCAUUGAUGCCAGUGCUGUGGGAGGAGGGUGGGGGGGGGGGAGGUGACCCCCAAAGCCGAACGGAUGAAGUCGUGCUGGGGUUUGGGCCAACGGAGCUGUGGGUCAGCGCUGCUGCGUCCUCCUCCCUCCAGUCCUCUGUCAGUGGGGCUCAGCUGUGCCCCCCCGGAGCCCCUGUGGGCCAGAGGGGGCCAACGAGCAGCGAUUCUGUUUCUAUUUAUUGGGGGGGGGAGAGGGGCAGAG